AUGGGUAUCUCUCGCGAUUCUCGUCACAAGCGCAGCGCUACCGGUGCCAAGCGCGCCUACUACCGCAAGAAGAGAGCUUUCGAGAAGGGCCGCCAGCCCGCCAACACCCGUAUUGGCACCAAGCGCAUCCAUCUCGUUCGCACUCGCGGUGGUAACCAAAAGUUCCGUGCCUUGCGCCUCGAGUCCGGUAACUUCUCCUGGGGCUCUGAGGGUGUUGCCCGCAAGACCCGUGUCAUCGGUGUCUCUUUCCACCCCUCCAACAACGAGCUGGUCCGCACAAACACCUUGACCAAGUCCGCCGUCGUCCAGAUCGACGCUGCCCCCUUCCGUCAAUGGUACGAGGCCCACUACGGCCAGGGCAUCGGUCGCCGUCGCCAGGCCAAGACCGAUGUCACCGAGGAGAAGAAGAGCAAGUCUGUCACCAAGAAGCAGGCUGAGCGUUACGCCGAUCAGGGCAAGGUUGAGGGUGCCAUCGAGCGUCAGUUCGAGUCCGGCCGCCUGUUCGCCGUUGUUUCCUCCCGACCUGGCCAGUCCGGCCGUGUCGACGGUUACAUCCUGGAGGGUGAGGAGCUGGCUUUCUACCAGCGUGCGAUCCGCAAGUAA